AUGUUAUACUCUAGUAGCUCAUGCUGGUUGAGUAUGCACUUCUAUGUCCAGAGAUUUUCUCUUCAGAAAUCAUCUAUGUGAAGGUCAUUGAUCAAUUUUGGCUUGGUAACAUAUUUGCCACAGAAGGCGAAAUAGGUCAAAUGGCCACGCCCUUUUUUACGCGAAUACUCCCCCCCCAUUUUUGCAUCUCCGGAACCGUUGGACAUAGAAGGUUGUGUGACCACUCAAAAUGUCCGGAAUGGCCACAUUAUAGGGGGUCAAUAAUACAUAUGUAUUUAAAAAAGUCAAUGGUCCUCAAGAUAUUUGCCAAAAACUGAUUUUAGAAUGAAAACUCCACUAUUUUCUCCAUGGUAAAGUAUGAUAUUCCUGCUGGCAGAUAUACCCGAAUGUCGAACAAAUAUUGGUAUAAAACCCAAAGGACUAAAUAUGUUUGUAAUGUUGCUCGUUUUGAUAUUGUGUACAUUGGUUUGAUUAUAUACAAAAAAGACAAACUAUAAGUGAGCAUUCUCUAAACAUGAUAUGGAAUGGGGGAAUUGGAUAUAUGGGAGGUACUCUCAAUACACCCCAAUGGGGAUUUGGAUUUAUGGGAGGUACUCUCAAUACACCCAUUGGGGGAUUUGGAUAUAUGGGAGGUACUCUCAAUACACCCCAAUGGGGAAUUGGAUAUAUGGGAGGUACUCUCAAUAUACCCCAAUAUAUGGGAGGUACUCUCAAUACACCCCAAUGGGGGAUUUGGAUAUAUGGGAGGUACUCUCAAUACACCCCAAUGGGGAAUUGGAUAUAUGGGAGGUACUCUCAAUAUACCCCAAUAUAUGGGAGGUACUCUCAAUACACCCCAAUGGGGGAUUUGGAUAUAUGGGAGGUACUCUCAAUACACCCCAAUGGGGAAUUGGAUAUAUGGGAGGUACUCUCAAUACACCCCAAUGGGGAAUUGGAUAUAUGGGAGGUACUCUCAAUAUACCCCAAUAUAUGGGAGGUACUCUCAAUACACCCCAAUGGGGGAUUUGGAUAUAUGGGAGGUACUCUCAAUACACCCCAAUGGGGAUUUGGAUUUAUGGGAGGUACUCUCAAUACACCCAAUGGGGGAUAUGGAUAUAUGGGAGGUACUCUCAAUACACCCCAAUGGGGAAUUGGAUAUCUGGGAGGUACUCUCAAUAUACCCCAAUAUAUGGGAGGUACUCUCAAUACACCCCAAUGGGGGAUUUGGAUAUAUGGGAGGUACUCUCAAUACAUCCCAAUGGGGGAAUUGGAUAUAUGGGAGGUACUCUCAAUACACCCUAAACAUUAACAUUCCUCGACUUCAGAUGACACUGUAAAUAUUAGGAUAUGUAAAAUAUAUCACUGUCAAGUUUGUAUGAUUACAUGGUCAAUGUUACCGGACAGAACAGACUAAUUUAUAUAAAAUCAGAUCACAUGGCAUGAAAGAUCAGGCAUUAUUAUAUCAAUGUUGCAAUAGUAUGUCUGGUCAAUUUUCCUGUUAAUAACCACCAUGAAUCUUGCAUCUUGGUUCAGUUGCUUGGACUUCACCUUGAUAUCUCUAGUGCUGUGUAUAAUCCCAUUGCCUGAAUAAAUAAAAUACAAAUGAUACUCUAAGAGCAAAGCCUAAAUUCAACUGACCCCAGUAUGUUAUACAAGGCACGAAGGCAACUAUCAAUUCAAUAGCUUCUUUCAAUUAAAUAAAGCUUCUGAUAAUUUAAACCUUAACCCAACAAAAGUUGAAAGUCCAACAAGUGCCAGCCUUGCUACAAGUUUUAUGCCUUAGAAUCUUGUGAUUAGUAUAUACACAGGUAAUUUAUACUGGGCACCAUACAAGUUUGAACGAGCAUGUACGAGGCUCGUAUUUGAACUAUUAUUCAAGCAUGCAAAAGGAUGUGGG